AAAGAAUCUUGAUGAUAAAAUCUAUUUUUCUUACACACGCCAACUUUAUUUCCUUCUCUCUGUUAGAUCUGAACCAUUUGGUUUUGAGUAUCCUGUUUUAUUCCACGGUCAACGUGUCUUCCGGAAAUGGCAAAAAGCUUCAACCCAUGUUCUGUAACCCAAAUCGCUCUGGUUUCGUUGUUAUGCUUCAUCUCUCUUUUUAACCUCCCUCAAACUAAGGCCCUUUGGUUAACUCUCCCCAGUUCAGGAACUAAGUGCGUGUCCCAGGAAAUCCAAACACAUGUUGUCGUUUUAGCCGAUUACUAUGUUGUUGCUGAUAAUAUCAAGGGUCAUCCACUUCCUACUAUUUCUGCCAAGGUAACAUCUCCAUAUGGAAAUAAUCUUCACAACAAUGAAAAUGUCACUCAAGGCCAAUUUGCAUUUACAACUACUGAGAGUGGGAGCUACGUAGCAUGCUUUUGGAUGGAUAGUAAAAAUGUAGAUGGUACCUCAAUCAGCCUUGAUUGGAAAACUGGAAUCUCUGCCAAAGAUUGGGACGCCGUUGCAAAAAAAGAUAAAAUUGAGGGAGUUGAACUUGAGCUAAGGAAACUUGAUGGAGCAGUGGAAGCCAUUCAUCAAAAUCUGAUAUAUUUAAAGAAUAGGGAAUCGGAAAUGAGGGAAGUUAGUGAAGCAACUAAUGGGAGAGUUGCUUGGUUGAGUAUAAUGUCUCUUGGCGUCUGUGUUUCGGUUUCGGUGUUGCAACUGUGGUAUCUGAGACGCUACUUUCAGAAGAAGAAGCUCAUAUAGAUUUUACUUUCUUGUAACUUACUUUUGUCAAAACCAAAUUGUUUUCUUUUAAGUUUUGGAGAAUCAGUGAUGUCCCUUGGCGUCUGUUUUUUAUUUUACUGUAUCAUUGGAGGUUAGUACAAGGGGUAUAGCGGAGGUUACAUAUAUAAAAUAUAAAGAUUUCUGAUGAAAUGGAAUGAAAUAGAACAGUAAAUAAUCAGAUUUUCUUGUUUGGAUUUGUAAUUAAUAGAUAGAAUAGAAUAAAAUAGAGUGGAAUCUAUUUUCUUUUCA